CAGAAGGGAAAUCAUUUAGAAAGCAACAUAACUAAAAAUACAAAAACAGACUCAUGAAAAAGUAAAAAAACAAAAACAAAGGCGAACUAAAUACAAUGUCAUGGAAACGUAUAUGACGUAAUAUAUUGCCACAAAUUUAUUGACAUGAUACAAGAGAGAUCUGAUAUAGAACGAGAUUAUUCCGAACGCUUGAGAGAAUGGGGGACAAAAUGGAAGAAAGAUGCAUACAAAUAUAAAAGAAAUCCCAUAGCACCCGCUGUUGCGGAGAUGGCUAAAGCUAGCGAACGUGUGGCUGAUAUACACAAAACGAUGGCAGAUGAAAUGACAACACGUCCAGACUCCGUAGGACAAGAUAUGAAACGAUUUACCAUGUCCACUUACCACAGAGGUCACACAACAGGGAAAUGUCAGGUUUCAAAGGACAUUGAAGUUGAAUUCGAAAAUGCUCAACGUGAAUAUGCAAUUCAACUCCAUACUAUGCUGAGUGCGAAGAAGCACUAUUACAAGGCUAACAAAGCACACCAGAAAGCGACGGAUAAAUACCACGAUGCCUCGUCGAAUGGGCGCGAAAGGAUGUCCAGAGAAUCUGAUGAAAAUUUCAAGAUGAGGAUUCUACAAACAGAGGUGAAUCUGGAAAACACAUUAAGGGAAUACCUGAGGUCCAUCGAAUCAUUAAAUAAUGGACCUAAACAAAUUUAUAUCGAGAAAAUGACUAAAGCGUUUGAAAGAUGUCAGGAUAUCGAGUACAACAGGCUACAAACGACAACUCGGAUCCUACUAGAUUUCAUAAGGGCUUUAGAUCAACCAUGCAUGUGCAGUGACACGUAUGAAAAUGUCGUAGCAAUCGCGGAAAAUAUCAGCAUUGAAGAUUGCUUGGCCAUUUGGUCUAGAGAGCACGGGGUGGAGUGCAGACAUCAGUGGCCUCGUUUUCAGGAAUAUGACGAUUUUUUGAAAACUGAACCAAAAAGGAGAAAAUCCUGGGCCUUGAGGCAAGGAAGGUCAUUGACCGAUACAAUACAAAGAAGUGUUCUCAGCUUGCUUGGCGUCCAAAGAGAUGAUUCCACUAAACCAAAUGUUGCUGCUAACAGAAAAGGAAAUGAAGGCUAUUAUGCAGAGCUUGAACCUGUAGGAGCAGUGUCACCCCUACACGUUGACAAAUACCAAGCUGAUCCAAAUGAGGACUUCUGGACGGACAGUGACGAAGAUCAAUGGGAUUCAAUUUAUGAAGAACUUAAACCAAAGUUGGCUAACAUUGAAGGAACAGAGAAUGAGGAGGCCCCUGCUAUAAAUGUUAAUGUUCGUGCAUUGCAAGAUCACGUCACAUCUGAGCCUUCCUACUUGGAGUUCAGAAAGGAUGACGUCAUAUAUCAGAUGAGUGUGGAAGAAAAUGGACUUUGCUUUGGAUCGCAUGAAAACGCAGAGGGAUAUUACCCUUCAAGUAUCGUCACUGUCAUUAGAUACUACUAAAAUCACAAGAGUUUGAAGACAAGUACAAACUACUAGAAUCGAACACAAACUGAAAAAUGUAUGGAGCACGUGUUCAAUGCGCCAAAUUCUUACGUGUACUUUUAGGCUAUAUAUAUAGUCGCCAAACUAUUUGAAAUUUUGGAAAUCGGUGACGAAUUUGAUGAACUCUACCUAGGCAUAUGUAUUAAUUUUAAUUUCCGAGUCAAUGGGAAUGGGUUCAUUUUGCAGAUUAUAUGAUACAGCAUUUAUGCCUACAAAAAACCUACUAUUGUUAUAACAGAAAUGCAUGUCUAAUGUUAUCAAUAACUGUAUUUUUUUAUAAUGAAAUCGUCCUCUCGUUGAAUUAGUGAUAAUUAACCUCAGAGAUGAUAAGCUACCAUUAUCACCUAUUAUCACCUUAAAAGCACAAUGCAAUAAGUUUCCAUUGUGUAUUGAAUAAAUCUGAUGAACUAUUAAUGAGAAUGUUUGAUCUUGCUGUCAACAAUCAACUUCACAAUUCCUUUGAGAUAUAUCAUAUUGUGAUAUCAUUUUAUUUUUAUCAUUGUAUUGAUGAUUUGAGCCGUAAUGGGGACAUCAAAUGCUUUUUGAAUACUCUCAUUUUUUCUUUUCCUAAACUAUUUUGGAAAAUUCGCACAUCUUUAUAAUUAUAGUACUGAUAUUUCAUGGAAAGAAUGAACAAAAAUGUGCUCUAAAAUACAGUAGUUAUUUACCAGUAUGUAUUCUAGUAUUCU